UCGCGCCGAUGAUUUAAUUUUUAAGUUUAAACGCUGAUUUUGUAGCACAGAGAACACAAAACCCUGCGUCAAGCGUAGCAAACCGAACGAUACUCACAUUGCCUACCAUAUAUAUAUAUGUAUAUAUAUAAUACAUACAUCUCGACAAAAGCCUUAUACACAACGUAUCUUUGUUUGUGUGCGUGUGCGUGUGUGUGUGACUAAUAGCCAAGAAAACUAGCGAGCGAUCUAAGAAAAAAUAACGAAAAACAAAAUAUAAACGAAAAUUACGCGAACAAACCCAAAAUAAAGAGAACAACAACAACAGUUGACAACGAGCUAAAGAACAAGCGCAAAGCAACAAACCAAAAAUAGACAGCACAAAGCAGAAGCAGGCGCAGCUAACGACGACGACGACGACGUCAGCGUCAACGCGUAUGUUAUGUGCCGAGCAUAAUUAAACGACACACGAAGACCGUAUCAAAAGAAAGGAAAAUUUAAUGAAUAUAAAACAUAUAUCUAUACGAAUCCCAACGACGACGACGACGAAGACUACGCGAAAUCCACAACGACAUUUUGUAAUCUAAACAACUUGCAAGUGAGAGCGAAAGAGAUAUACCGAAAUAAUAGCAGAAGGAAAAAACAGAUAAAGAGAUAAAUAAAAUAAGAAGAAGCUGAACGAACAGCAACGAAACCCAAACAGAAUAUUGGAUCAAUUUUAUAUUGCAUUAAAAGACCACGCUAAUACUUAUAAAAGGAAUGAAUACUAUUUGUCUUCAACAUAAGACUACGAAAAGAAACUAAGUCUAGAUAAUUGUAUUAAAAAGAAAACAAAAAUAUAAGAGAUAAAAAAAAACAAGAAUUGUGAUAUGUACAACUUUACUCAAAUAUUGAAAAAACAUAUAUAAAAAGUUUAUUUCAAGUAUUCCGAUCGCUCAAGAGACGGACGCGCGAAUAACCCAAGAUAAUUGCAAAACAUAAACAAGAAGAAGAAUAAAGAAACCAAAGAUUAGGGUUUUCAAUUAGUUUAUCGUAUAAGAAGCAGUAGCAACAAUGGCAGAAAAAGUGGAAAUCUCACCAGCCACAUUUAAUAAUAAUCAACAGCAACAACAACAACAGAACGACGCUCGAAAGGUGCGCAAGUCGCCCGAUUUUCAACCCAUAAUGCCAGGUGUCAUAUCCAGAGAGCGCAGCUUUGUGCGCACAUCAAAUCAACAGAACAUAAACAAAAGGCGCAGUUUGGCGUUCAACGUGCCUGGAAAUCAACCUGGACAGAUGCGUGGCAAGCCAGCAAUGGACAUAUACAGACCUCCAAAUGUACGCGGCGAUUUAGCCAGCGAAGGUGGUGCCAAUGGUGGUGGUGGUGGUAGCGGUGGUGUUAGUGGCAGUGGUGGUGGUGCGAGUGUCUCGAACAAACUGAACAUAAAUGCCCAGGAGUUCACAAUGACGACCAACUCACGUGCGACGCCACCGGCUGAGGCACUUAACAAUAAUCGUUCGUCCCUUAUCUUUCCCAUGACUGGCGGGCCGAGUCUCCUGCAGCAGCAGCAGCAACAACAAUAUGUGGCAGCUGCAUCCAAUGCGAUUCUGAAUAGACGCCAAGCGGGUCUCUCACUGGGCAAUAUGCCUGCCAUGAACAGUCUCAAGGGUGGUCAUCAUCGUUCCAUCCUGGUAACGCAUCCCAUCAAUACAAUGGGCGGACAGAUUCCGCUCAUGAAUUCACCAUCCAGCGGCAACAUACUGCAUUCGACAAAUCGAGUGAAGUUUGCACCAGAGCCUAGGGCUCAGAAGUCAGGACAGCACAAUCAGUACUACAAUAAUGGACAUCAGCCGUAUCAAUUGAAUGGCAUGGAUCCCUAUAUGAAUGGAACUGCGCUGCAGCGCUCCAAAUCGCUAUCGUCGGCUGAUGCACUGACACGUGGCAUGGCCGGCUUGGGUUUGGGCCUGGGCAAUGAGGUAGCCGACAUCGGGCAGUUUACGCCGGAAAUACAGCAACUGAUCGAAACAGCUCUGGAGGAUCCGAACAAAUUAAAUUCACGAUGCCUUAUGGAGCUCACGUCGCAGUUUAUUAAACGCGCCGUUGAGAGUCGACGUUUCGCUUUGCCCAUUUCGCGGCUCUGCUUGAACAUUAUCGCUAAGGAGCAGAAGGAGACUUUUCUGGAGGCGCUGCUUAAUACGUGCCGUCAGUGGUAUCAGGAGCGCGAAAAGCUACUGUUUGCCAUUCAAGGAAUGAAGUCGCCAUCGCGGGUUCGUUUUACGGCUUUCAUGGCAUUUCUUACGGAAAUGUUUUGCCAGUUGAAACGCCGCCAGCUCCAGUUGCGUACCCACAGCGAGGGAACGCCGCCACCUUUAGUGUUGCUCAGUUUGCUCUCCAAGUGCUGCGAGGAUUGUGUGCGUCCCCCAGUGCGUUCGCUUUCAGAGAUUGAGUCCCUGUUCUAUGUGUUGACCUGCAUUGGCCAGGACAUGGAGCAACAGCUGCCACAGCAGUUGGAGCAGCUGAUGUCCGUCGUGCGCGAUGCGUUCCUUAAUGCCGGUGAUGCUGCGGCUGCCAUAAGACGCACACUGUUGCAGCUGAUCGAAUUAAAGGCUUCGCACUGGCAGCUGCCCGGAAAUUCGGUGCUCUACUACACCCACACCAACACUUAGUUGGAUAGAUUGAGAAUCGGGCGCAAUUUGCAAUUGCAAUAUGUAAACAGACAUUAUUAUUGUGGUCGAAUUGCAUUUAGGCCCAGUCCUCGUGCAACACGCAACUAUUUAUCGUACUACAGCAGUACAGCAUAGUCCAUAAGCAAUAUUUAUUUUUGAAACCAUAGCUAGAUGACUAACCCAGGCAUUAUAAUUUUAUAGUAUACGCAUAUUUAUACAGCUCAACACUUAUACCGGCAACCGGAAAUGGAAACGGUAACUGCGGAACCAGCUCAUCCAACCUUAAAACCAUCCACCACCACCCCUUCCCAUGUCAACCUCUGGUAGAAUACUUCAUUCUGCUUAUGUAAGGCUCAAUUUAUACUAUGUGAAAUCCAUAUUAUUUAUGUGUAAUAAACAAUACGCUAGUCAAAAA